AUGCGCCCCCCACCCCCACCCUACCACCGAAGUCCUCUCCUGCCCUCAGUCCCCGCUCGGCCCGCCACGUCUCUAGAGAUGCCGUGCAGCAGGAUGCAGGGCGUACUGCCUGUGUGUGGACUGCAGCCCCUGCUGGCCCUCCUUCUGCUGCAAACUGUGGGCUGUGGCGUAACCAACGCCGACACUGUGGUGAAUAUGCGGAAGGUGACCCAUCAGACCAUUAGCGAGGAGCUGUCCAAGACCGUUCUCCUUCCCUGCCUCUUCACCCUCCGCCCCAGUGCCAGUUCAUCCCAUGAGCCCCCCCGAAUCAAGUGGACCAAGGUUUGGGGCCAGAGAGGCUCCGACGGCCUGCAGAAGGAGCAGUCGGUUCUGGUGGCCAAAGACAAUGUGGUCAAGGUGAAGAAGGCCUUCCAGGGCCGUGUAACGCUGCCUGGUUACAAUGAGAACCGCUACAACGCCAGUCUUGCUCUGACAGGGCUACGUUCCAGCGACUCUGGUCUGUACCGCUGUGAGGUCGUGGUGGGCAUCAGUGACGAGCAGGACACAGUUCCCCUGGACGUCACGGGUGUGGUGUUUCACUACCGCGCCCCUCACGACCGCUACGCCCUGUCCUUCGCUGACGCCAAGAGAGUGUGUGUGGAGAACUCAGCAGUCAUCGCAACACCAGGCCAGCUGCAGGCUACCUUUGCUGACGGAUACGACAACUGUGAUGCUGGCUGGCUGUCUGACCAGACUGUACGGUAUCCCAUCCAGUCGCCUCGGCCCGGUUGCUAUGGUGAUCGCGAAGACUCACCUGGAGUCCGUAACUACGGCGAUAGGUCCCCUGAUGAGCUGUUUGAUGUUUACUGCUUUGCUAAGCAGCUUCAAGGUGAAGUCUUCCACUCCACAGUGCCCGAGAAGUUAAGCCUGGCCACAGCCUCUACCCACUGCCAUUCCCUGGGAGCUCAGCUGGCCACUGUGGGGCAGCUCUACCUGGCCUGGCAGGCCGGCCUGGACCAGUGUGACCCCGGCUGGCUUGCUGACGGCAGCGCCCGCUACCCUAUCAACGUUCCGCGGAAGAACUGUGGCGGAGACGAGCCCGGCGUGCGGACCGUCUACAACAACCCUAACCGCACCGGCUUCCCUGACACCACAGCCCUGUACGACGCCUACUGCUACCGAGGCCGCCAGCCAGCGGGGGUCCAGGCUACAGAGGCACAGGCUCUGUACAAGGCCCCCAACCCAGCAGCAGAGGACAUCUCCUCAGUCACUGAAGCCCAGCAUAGUGCCCCUUUUUCCAAGACUUCCACCUGGACCGGAUUGGUUGACUUGGACAACACAGGAGUCCACUCCAUUGCUGGAAUCAACAACUCCUCUGAGAUUUCUGAAGAGCAUGUAGUCAUCCACCUAAGGCCAGAGGAGGGCUGGGAUGAAAACCAGGUUGGACCCAGAAGCAGCCAGCUCAGCCAGGAGGAGUCUGACGGCCCAAAGAGUAGCAGCACCAUGGGAAUUUCUGACCUCGAGAGCCUGGAGAGCCAUGGAGGUUCUGCUCAUGAAGAAGAAGAUGGUGGCUAUUUCGGAUCAUCUGACACCCCAACAUUAUCCUCCAUAGCUUCUUCCACUCCCCAGCCUCAGACCGGUAACAGUGUGUUGGCCGAGUUUGUGAACACUCUGAUGAAGCCAUUUAGGUACUGGAGAGGAGGUGAGGAGGUGGAGGAGACAGAAACCAGACCUUCUGUGCUUGAGGAAAAAGCAGGAGAGAACCAGACGCAGGGAGUGGCAUCCAGCAGAAACCUGAGUAUACCAAAAACAAGUGGAAACAAGGGCAGCAUGGACAAUGCCAUUAUGGAGCAAAGGAGUGGUAGUCUUUCCUUCAGGACUCCUACCAGUGGACCACAGAAUCCAGAGGAAGGUCUGUCCGAGCAGGAGAAAGAGGUGAUGCCACUGAUUCGAUUAGUGCCUGCAGUCCAAAGCACGGGGCAAAAUGACACCCCCACCCAGCCAGGAGAACGAGCCUCCAGCGCAUCUUCUGACGAGCCUCCAUCCAACGGUAACGGAUUCACUGCAACAGGUCCCAACGAGAUAUCCCCACCCAGUGAACAUGUCAACCUAUCCGGUCCUCAGGGUCCCAGAGGAGGCCCGGCCUUUGCUCCCGCCCCCAGCAGCCACUUUCGGUGGGCCAUCAAAUCCAUGCGUGGGUCUAAAUUAGGCCCCCCUGGAAAUGUAGCCUAUGUGGGUAAGCGUCCCACCUGGGAGCCUAUGGAAGCCAAAGCAGGGCCACUCGAGGUGAUGACCCUGCCCACUUCCCUUCGACAGGACAACUCGGAAAACUAUUCAGGCCAGGGGAGGGUCCAGGACGGAGAGGAUGCUAAGUCUCCAUCGGCUGCCAGGUCUGCAUCAGGGGAGGAGAAGGAGACCGAGGGGAGCAGUGAAGGGAGCAACUUUCCCGGCGGGUUUGAAAUGAAAGCCAGCGACUUGGACGCCAGUAGCGUCAAACUGAGUCCCGAAACAAAGUCGUCCCUCAGCCAAAGCCAGACUGAGCUUGUGACCGUGGCAGAGCACACCACCCUGUCCAAGUGGCAGCUAGUGCAACAGCCCAGCACCCCAGCUCAGGGCUCCCAGCAGCCAGACACGGCAGGCGAGGCCAGGGGAGAGAUCUUCUACGUCCACAGGCCCACUGACGACCUCUCGUCUGCUUCCUCACCAAGAGGAGAAAGUAGUUCCAAUUCAGGUUUCACUCCUCUUUUAAGGAAGCAAAGCAAAGGCCCCAGCAGAAAGGAGGUGGUGACUCCCACACCCGAAGCCCUCAUGGAGGUGCUGACAACCUCUGAAGUGACCACAGUGGAGCUCCUGACAACCAGAGACACACAGAGGACGGAUCCUGUCACGACAGCAACCACCACGGAACGUGCCUCAGAGAGCGCCACCCCCGAGGAGUCGUCUAUUUCCAUUUCAUGGGUUCCGGAAGAGCGGGAGAAAAGCCUCUCGGCCGCUCCAGCACCCGGUGACGGAUCUCAAACGACUACAGGUGUCAUUCACUUGACCACCCCUGCGUCAGACUCCAACGCUGGCGCCACAGAAAUGGAAUCCAGGUCAGCAGUGUCCGAGUCCUUUGUGGUUGGAAGUCGGUGGACACCUUUCAAAAGCACGAGCCCUAAGUCGGAGGAACCCAAAGCUCCGGUGUCUAAAGACAAGAAAGACACAAACAACCAUUUCGGCAUCCUCGUGCCCAACUGGGCCUUCGGGCUCUUCCCAUCAGUGGAGAAUAACCCAUGCCAAACCAACCCCUGUCUCCAUGGAGGGAGCUGCUUGCAGGAAGGUGAUGGCUAUAGCUGCUACUGUCCUCAGGGCUUCUCAGGAGAGAGCUGCGAGAUCGACAUUGACGACUGCCAGUCCAAUCCAUGCCAGAAUGGAGGAACCUGCAUCGAUGAGAUCAACUCCUUUGUGUGUCUUUGUCUGCCCAGCUACGGAGGAGCUACUUGUGAGAAAGACACUGAGGGCUGCGAGCACACGUGGAGGAAGUUCCACGGCCACUGCUACCGGUACUUCAGCCGGAGACACACCUGGGAGGACGCCGAGAAGGACUGCAGGGAGCACAGCGGCCACCUGGCUAGCAUCCACAGCCUGGCCGAGCAGAACUUCAUCAGAGGUCUAAGCCAUGACAACACCUGGAUCGGGUUAAAUGAUCGCACAGUGGAGGACGACUUUCAGUGGACUGACAAGAUGGACCUGCAAUAUGAGAACUGGCGUGAAAACCAGCCAGACAACUUCUUUGCUGGAGGAGAAGACUGCGUGGUUAUGAUUGCUCAUGAGAAUGGCAAAUGGAAUGACGUGCCUUGCAACUACAACCUGCCCUACGUCUGCAAGAAGGGGACAGUGCUUUGCGGAGCCCCACCCACGGUGGAUAAUGCCUUCCUGAUUGGUCGGAAGCGUUCCCACUAUGACAUCCACUCUGUCGCACGCUACCAGUGCGCCGACGGCUUCCUGCAGCGCCACGUGCCCACGGCUAAGUGUCGUGCCAACGGCAAAUGGGACCGGCCUAAAAUCAUCUGCAUAAAAUCUCGACGAGCCCACCGCUACCGGCGCCACCACCACCAGGGCAGGAGGGAGCGCAGGAAGCACAAGAGGCACGGCCACAGAGAGAGAGGGCACCACGGAGGAGAGCACGGCCACAACCACGCCCACGUCUGAACCAAAAAGAAAAAAACAACAACAAAAAACACCACGUCCUUUCCUUUUUCUCCUCUGCUGCCAACAGCGGUUUGCCUGUCUCCCUGUCGUCCCUUCCUCUCGCCCCCUCUCCCCAAACACUACUUCCCACCCUGCAGCUCAGAACUCUCCGCCCAAGCCCACUCUCUGCACUGCACUGCCCUGCCCUACGCUCCACUCCCUGGCUCCCCGAGUCAGCCUGUAUCAUAGUCAACUCCGAGGCCUGCCAAGGUGCUGCCCGGCGUCGCCGGGACGAUAACAGAUCCCUUUGUACUCUUUUUACUUUCCUUUCUCUGUUUUCCUUCCUCGUCUUAACUCCCACCUAUCCUCUAACUCGACCCAGUUACUCUCCCUCCGAGCUCAACGAUGACCUGAAACAUGGGGCUACGCUGACCUGUUUUUGAAGGGGUGGGGGGAGAAAUGAAAAACACCUUUGAGAUCCACACCGAACAUUCUUCGGAGGGAAGCAGUUUAGUACAAACUAUAAAUAGGGACGACAUCAAUGAAAACGCCGUAUCAAUCCGUGUUAUCAUCCGUGUUGUUGACUUUGAGCCUUCUGUCUGUUGAACACAUAUUAUUUUUUACAAAUACUCAGUAUUUAUUUCUUCACUCUGCUGCUUCUGGUUGGCUCUUUGUGAGACAUUGUACUUGACUUAAGGCGAGUCAUUCUGAAACAGUUUAAAAUGGAUUUUUCUGUCAAUCCGAGGCAGUUGUAAUUGAAUAAUUUGAUUGUUAGCGUAUCGUAUCUUGUCGUCAGUGUGGGACAGUUACUUUAGAUCAGAUGCUAAACCCCCAGAGGAAAAUGGACAACACAUCUUAAUUCAGCUUCAUCACACAACAUUCUGUCAUCAGUCACUUUUCAGUGAAGUGUCAAAACAAUCUCACACAGCUCUUUUUGUGUCAGACAUCCAUCCCUGUCAUUUUCCAGGGUUAAUCGGAGCCUUUGAUGUCAGUUUUGUCUCAACUCAGCUCAGCAAUCCCACGUUUGCUUUGCCUCUUUUUACAGUACGCGUGGCUGUAAGAAUGUGCACUGGGCAUUAAUGAAGGCGAUGCAGCACGGCAAAGUUCCUCUCACUCAUUAACAGAGUUUUUACGUCUUGGGUUUGAUGAGGAGAAGUGAUGCCAUCAGCCUGGCACAGACAGACGCAGAGAGAGACGGAGCACGUUGUGUCUAUCCAGUAGCAACCUCAUGUGUCCCAGCAAGCACAAGAUAUGACAAAUACACACACAAAAAACAUGUCAUUAAAAAGAAAUCUCCAAAUUUGACUUUCAGCCUUUCAAAACCUUUUCCUAAAACAAAACUGAUUCUGCAAUUAACUUAAUACUUGUUUUCAUGCUUUUCCAUAUUGUGUUAGGAUUUUUUUCUAGGAAGAUAGUCAUUAUAAUGAAAUAGGACAGAUCCCUGUUUUAGUAUAAAGAGUAAAAAUAUAAUUCUUGAAGAAAACAACAGCAUUGGUGUUUUGUUCAAUAAUGACCAUUAUAAUAAAUAAUACAAAUAAAAGAAUUCUCUCAUUAGCAUUAGCAUCCCAAUAGCAAAAAUGGAAGUAAUACAUUUGCCAUUGCCAAAUUGGUCAUUUGACUUUGUCGCUCAUAUAUGAGGACAUGUUCUUAAAACAAGAUUUGUGUUACCCCAAUGGUUGAUUUUUUAUUUUUUUAUUUUAAAUAAUAAUAAUGUUAAGUCUUUAACCUGCAAUAAUUGAUUUCUUUGGCCACUUUGUACCCGCCAACAUUGGUAGCUGUUAGCUGUUAUGGCUAACAUGUUAGCAAACAGAUGCCUAUUUACACAUCCAGCAGAUAUGGAGCAACAUUAGCAUUCACUUGGUGUCAUGACACCAAACAAAUGUAGGUCCAGUAUUCACUCAUCAGUUAAAUAUCUGGCCCUUUGGCAAGCUAAAUGCUCCAGCGUGUUCACCAGCUAUUUGCUAACUGAGCAGGGCAGGUAGCAUACAUUCAGUUCAUCACAAUUUAUUUGGCUGAAAACAACUGCUGAAGGGAGCGAUGAGAGCGAAUGAAAAGAUUAAAGUUAGGGGCCGUAAAACCAAAAUAAUAAGAGGAGAAAGGCCAGGGUGAGUUGGGGAACAGGCAUAAAAACUAGCAGAGACUACAUGUUGAUGAAUGAAAGGUGUGUGAAUCAGGAUAAAUAUAAGGCAGAAGACACGUAGAUGCUGAGAUCUCUAGUUUGUGUGUGUGUGUGUGUGUGUGUGUGUGUGUGUGUGUGUGUGUGUGUGUGUUGCGUGUGCGUGUGUGUGUGUGUUUAUGAUUGAGGAUGUUGACAGUGGCUGAGGUCCCAGAGGAUGAUGAUAGAGAGGGUCAGCAGAGAUUAAAGCUUCCCAUUUCUGGGGCAGACCGAGUCUCACAGCUGCUCACACCUGUGUUCGCUCCUCCCACUUGUCCUGCUUUAAAGAGGGGAUUGAGACGGAUAGAACGAGCGCUUUGCUCUCUUUUCCUCCCAUUUUCCUGCCGGGUAAAUUGGUGUUUUUUAAAGCCAGCACUUGAGGUUGGAGCUUCUGGGAUUAUGUCCACUGACUCCAGCACUUUUAUCCUUUAUGUUUCCCCCUCUUGUUCUUGGUUUUUCCUUCACCACCUCUCGCUUCAGUGCUUUUCGUUUAUCUUCCUCACUCGACAUUCUUUUUUUUGGCUUUCGCUGUUUUUUAAACAAUUUAAAAGUAGUGAAGCACCUAAAUUCACUUCAACCAGAUCUUUUUUCAGGCUGUUUUUUUUAGCAGCCUUUCACCCAUAUUAUAAAAAAAAAAAAAAAAACACUAAAGCAUGAUCAGGUUAUAUAAAGCUGCAUGAGGUAAGAAAAUCAAUCCUGUGCACAUUAAUUCCCUGCCUUUUGUUGUCUCUUCUCACCUUGGCAAGGACAAUACUCCUCUCUGCACGGAGAAGGAAAGUGAACCUACACCUCCGUAUCAGUUUAAUUAAUCUGCUGCAUGCCUAAUUAACAAGUUGCAUUAUCUGCAGAACAGCGGAGCCGCGAUGACAAGGGAAGGGUUAGGUUGACGGACAGCCAGUGAACGGUUUAGGGUGACGGACAGGAGACCCAGAGAACUGUCACAGCCGUCACACCCCUGUCUCUUCUUAGAUGUCAGGCUGCAACGGGAAAAUGGAUCGAGCACGGGUGGUUGAGUGAAAGGGCAGACAGAAGCCCCUCUCACAGUAAUUCAGAUCAGAGUUGAUGCCCAGAGACAGUGUAAUUAUAAGCUGUGUAAAUGUUGAGCUGUGUGACAGGAGUUGAAAACUUUCUAAAAAGUAAAAUUUGGGCCGGAGAACAGAGAGCGAGGAGACAUGAUUUGACAAAAUUGAAUUAAUGAUGACAAGUAAAUGAAAUUACAUUCCAACGGAUCUAUGUUGAGGUGAGGAAAAGAUAAUCUGUUUAAGUCAUGUUUAAUCUGCUUUUCUGUCUUCUUCGCCUCUGCAGAGAUUUUUAGGCCUAGCACAAACACACAGAUUUGUGUUCAACUUGUGUUCGUGCGUGCGCGUGUGUGUGUGUGUGUUUUGUCUCUGUAAAGGGACAGCUUGUUUUUGGUCCGUCCUCUAGGAAGUUUUUUCUCACUCUCGCUGUUUUCUGAAGGUGCCAGACUUUCUGACAGCUUCUCUCCGACCCUCUCACAUAACGCUUUUAGUAUUAAAUUCAUGCAAAAACAAACACACUUUCACACACAUACUUUUCUUCUUCACAUUUCAAACACAUUGACCCUCGCUUUCAGAAGUGUCUUGUCUCUCUUCGCUCUUGACUCCCUCUUUUCAUCUCCUCGGCUCACACCCGUCUCUCCGUCCCCCGCUGGUCUUUCUAGUGGAAGCCCCGAGGGUGGGCAGACAUUCAGGGACCGAGCCUUUUAAUUUGUGUCCUAAUUGUGAAAGAGUGACUUCACAGAGGUUACUGUCAGCUGUAUCUGGUCUCAGCAGCCUGAGAGGGGGAGCGGCAAGCAAACAAUUGAACGUCUUCAAAGCCAGCAGGCCUCUCCUCAGGCUCAGCUACCUAUCCUAAAUGUGACAUGUGACAAUGAGUCAUUCCCCUCGCUCCCAGUUGAAGUCCUCAGCGGAGUUUGGCAGAGAUGAGAUAUGAGUGGGAUUGAGGGGAGUGAAUCUUUACACCUCUGUGUGCUCUUACUUUAGCUGUGCAAUUUGGUUGCACUCUGUCUACAAAAAAAGCACAACUUGUUUAGAUUAGUUGUGUAUGUUGUGAAGAAAGUGUGUGUCUGGUUGAAUCAGUGGGACAAAAGUGAUACAAACGAGUCAUUGGCAAUUGACGUUGGGUGCUCAAAGGCAACAGCAAGUGUUUGAAGCAGCAUUCAGAAACACACCAACAUCAUAUUUUCCUUUCACAUAAAAAAAAACAACAUAACACAACAACAAAAAUGAAGGUGAGAGGGAAAAAAUGAUUGAAAGGGGGUUAUAGAAGGCUGACCUAAUAUCCAAGUAUGAAAUUAAAUAUAAUAAAACAACAACAAAAAAGCUAAUUAAACCUCAAAGUUAAAAGCAAGUACCUUCAAAGCAUAUAAAUGAAUACAGGCAUUACAGGGUAGGCAUUUAAUAAUACAAAAACAAGAGCAGUAAUUGACUUUUCUCAAAGCCCCCUUAGUUACUGUUGCUAUGUCUUCCAUGUGAAAGGUGUCUUAAAUAUGCAGUUGAUAUCUACGUACAUGAUAUCAUGCAAGCAAAGACUAAAGCUACAGGUUAAACAUGUCGCAGUCAAAAAGUUAGCAUCCACGCCCGUUGAUGAUAAGAUGCUCUUAGCCUUUGUGCUUUGAAGAAAAAUGUCAGACUCUUAUUUAAUUCAAACAUGACCCUGUUUAGCUUGCAUAGCCUACUUGGAUUUGCAUUUUUAAACAGUGUGUUUGACUUUUAACAUUACAAAAGAAAAGGCUUCAGGACUAUUGUUUAUUGUGAACGUAGGGUUUCUGGAGUGUGAACUUCCCUAAAUCCAAAUAGAGCAGGACAGAGCCGACUAACGUUAGCCCACACUCUGAUAUAGUAUAUAUAUCAGAGUAUACACACUGAAAUACUAGAGUGAUGGAUGUGCUUGUCGGACUCUUAAAAACUUUUAAAUACCUUUUACGUAACUUGUAACCUCACAAAAUAAUGUGGAAUGAAACGCCCCUGUCCUUGGAGGUAACGCUAGGUUACAAGUAGUAGUAAGCUGAACAUGCUUAACAAAUGCAUCUUGUGUUCACUGCAGAGCAGUAUUGUCAAGAGAAAUAAGUGACAUUUGACUGUGUGUGGGAGCGUGUGUGACUGCGUGGGCCUAUUUGCAAACCGUGUGAAAGAAAAUUGUACUGUAACAACUGUUUAUGACGUGAUGCAUUGAAAUGCAGUGCUCAUCAGCAAUGACAACCUGAUGAGAGCGGUAGAGGCUGUUGGGUUCAGUGGCACACAGACGGACUAUUGAUUCCAUGAUUAAGCUGUCUGUCUUGGUUUCCAAAUAAGUCCGUCGAUGGCAUUGACGGCACAAUAGCGCCGACUGACCGCUGGAUGUUUUCUAAAUGACAUGGAAAACGGACUGUCAUGGCUCACUGCUGCUUCUGCAUGAUUUGUACCAUUAUCUUCUUCUCAUCAGACCUUUCAAAACUCUUUUUUUCCAGCUGUUCUGCAUCCGAUGCACGAGUACACCCCUAGUGGUGUUUGUAUGGCAUUGCGUCUCUGUCUGAUAUUGAGUUGAGACAAUUCAUCAUCGCCGAGAAACCGGCUGCAUUCGGUUGGGAAGUAUGAAUGGAAAGAUGUUACAGUGAGAGAAUGAGAAAUGAAAGAGACAAGCGAAGAGCAGAAAUCAAUGACAAACACUCUUUCUCCUCAGUGAUGUAAAUACUCUGAGGUAUUUUCUUCUCUUUUUUUUUUUUUGAAUCCAUUUAGACUCUGGGUGUGUUUUGCUUAGCCUUUCUGGACCAUAUUCAUACAGCCUCAGUGGAUCCCAAACCCAUCUCCCUCUUUCUGUUUUUCCCCUUCUGCUCACACACAUUGCUGUUUUGAACUGCUGCAUUCAGACAAACAGAGACACACACUGAUUCUUUACCCUACAGGGAAAUAUCACUUCUUUUGGCUCCGUUCCCUGCACAAUACUUCAGUUUGCAGCUACACUGUGUUCAUGUCGGCUGUGAAUCUAGAUACAUAUAACGCCAACUGAGCCUGUCUACGGCUGUGUGAAUG